AUGAUCACCCAGACUGCUACAGAGACCUUGACUAUAACAACGCCCCUGUGACUCCACAUGCAAGAACUAUCCAAUCACACGAUGCAGACUUACCUACGCUUGCACGCUUCUACAAACUACUAUUGCCCAAUGCUUUGCUUGCACAUCCCUGCAAUCAAUCUCUCUUCAUAAAUCACAGGCUAUCAGCAUUUUUUCUCCGUAGAAGACCAGAAGAGCCAUAGCUCCACUCUCUGUCCUGGCUUGUUGUCUCUUUGUUUUGUUUUGAUCCAUGGACGGCAUGGCCUCUCGAAGAUAUAAAGAAGAUGAAGCUGGCUCGAAACAACAUUAUCCCACCGUUCAAAUUAGUCAACAAGAAGCAACAGUAAAGACCCAAGAUAGGUCUCCGACAGAGGAAUUCAGGAUUAAGCUUGCUGCCAUUGCUUUAAGCUUAAAUGUAAGGUUAAGAUCUUCCGACAUGCCAGUCGACAUGCAAGAACGAGCCCUUCGCUGUGCAAGAUCGUUUCUCGACAAGUCUCCAUCAUCAGCAGCUCCCAAACCCCGCCCCAAUCUUACUCUCCUUGCUCGUGCCCUCAAAAAGGAAUUUGAUUCGGCAUACGGGGUGGCAUGGCACUGCGUGGUAGGGAAGAGUUUUGGGUCCUUCGUGACUCACUCACCAGGUGGGUUCAUUUACUUCUCGAUCGACUCGCUGUUUAUUCUUCUCUUCAAAACAGAGGUGCAGCUGGUCACCGAAUUGGAACCUUCUUCUCCAUCAGUAGACUCGCUUUGAAGGUUUUGCAAAGGAUUACUGAUUAAGUUGAUUAGUCCCCAACUUUUUUUUUUGUCAACAAUGUAGGCUUUAUUUUUUUUUUUAUCAACAAUGGAGUCUUUAUGUCUAUUAAUUCUUCAAUAAGCGCGGUCAUCGUGUCAACUGAUUGGGAAGGUUAGAGUAGCAAAAGCCGUUGGAAUUAUUAUUUUAAACAUUGGAAGAAUCCGUUUUGUUAUUCUAGAAAAGGGAAAAAGAAUAGCUGAAAGGGU